UUCACUUUGCAAUAACAGGAUGAACAAAACCGGAAACGGAAACAUCAGCAAAAAUAAAUCCGUUCUACAACAAAAAUAAGUCAUUCCGAGCCUGAAACCUCGGCGUCUUCAAGCAACAGUACACCACCAGACGCGUCCGGCAUGGUUGACUAUGCAGUUCUCAACACCGGGAGGAAGAUGCCCCUGAUUGGUCUGGGAACAUGGAAGAGUGAGCCUGGAAAGGUGAAGGAGGCUGUGCAGUAUGCUCUGGAGGCUGGCUAUCGGCACAUUGACUGCGCUGCUGUCUACGGCAACGAAGACGAGAUCGGAGAGGCCCUUCAGGAGAAACUGGGGCCGGACAAGGAAGUGAAGCGAGAGGAAGUCUUUGUGACAUCCAAGCUGUGGAACACCAUGCAUCACCCAGAGGAUGUAGAGCCAGCCCUGCUGAAGACACUCAAGGCCCUGAAACUGGACUACCUGGACCUCUACCUCAUCCACUGGCCCUACGCCUUCCAGCGGGGAGACAUGUUCUUCCCGAAGAGUGCGGACGGCACACUGCUCUAUGAUCACAUCGACUACAAGCAGACCUGGAGUGCCAUGGAGAAGCUGGUGGAGAAGGGGCUGGUGCGGGCCAUCGGCCUCUCCAACUUCAACAGCAGGCAGAUCGACGACGUCAUCACCAUAGCAACCAUCAAGCCUGCCGUCCUGCAGGUGGAGUGCCACCCCUACCUGGCGCAGACGGAGCUGCUGGCACACUGCCGUGCUCGCGGGCUGGUGGUGACAGCGUACAGCCCGCUGGGGUCCCCCGACCGCGCCUGGAAGCACCCAGACGAGCCAGUGCUGCUGGAGGAGCCCAUCGUCAACAAGCUGGCUGAGAAAUACGGCAAAUCACCAGCGCAGGUCAUCCUCAGGUGGCAGGUGCAGCGAGGGGUGGUGACGAUUCCCAAGAGCGUGACCGAGUCUCGCAUCCUUCAGAACAUCCAGGUGUUUGACUUCACGCUGGAGGAUGAAGAGAUGCAGGCGAUGGGAUCGAUGAACAAGAACUGGCGCUACAUUGUACCCAUGAUCACAGUUGAUGGGAAGUCUGUUCCCCGGGAUGCAGGUCACCCCCUCUACCCCUUCAACGAGCCCUAUUGAGAUUCACGCUGCCCCCUUGCCGUGCCUUCACGCUCCUGCUGUAGCGUGGCAACACCUCAAUACUGCUGCCUUACCUGCUUUGUCACUGACCAGCAGAAAUAAACACUCGUCUUUUACUCAUGA